GGCAUUCCAGUUCUCUCUGCCUCUCACUUCCCACCAGUACGAGGACUUGGAGGUAUCUGUUGUUUGACAUCCCCGUUCUGCCUUCUAGACAUUUGAACCUCUAAAGGUCUUGGCUGUGAUCUAAAAUUGCAGUCAUGGCACCAAAAAAGAAGAGCGUCAAGAAGAAUAAACCGGACAUCAAUGAGAUGACAAUCAUUGUUGAGGACGGUCCUUUGAGCAAAUUAAAUGGGCUUAACACACUCUUAGACGGGGGAAAUGGCUUCAGCUGCAUCUCCACAGAAGUUAGCGACGCGUCCUAUGGGCCAAACUUCAUGGAAGGCCUCAGCAAGAUGAGGCAAGAAGGCUUCCUGUGCGACUUGACAGUCGCCACCAAAACAAAAUCUUUUAGCGUUCACAAAGUGGUGAUGGCUUCCUGCAGUGAGUAUGUUCAUAAUGUGCUAAAGAAGGAUCCCUCCAGUCAGAAACUGGACCUCAAUGAUGUCUCCCCUGUUGGUCUGGCGACAGUCAUUACAUACGCCUACUCUGGCAAGCUUACCUUGUCACUGUACACCAUCGGCAGUAUCAUUUCAACUGCUAUCUUUCUUCAAAUCCAUAGCUUGGUAAAAAUGUGCUGUGAUUUUUUGAUACAGGAAAUCAGUGUGGAGAAUUGCAUGUACGUGGCAAACAUUGCCGACACCUAUGGACUUAAAAACACCAAAGACGCAGCUCAGAAGUUCAUCAGGGACAAUUUUAUCGAGUUUUCCGAAACUGAGCAGUUCUUGAAACUGACCUAUGAGCAGAUCAAUGAUUUCCUCCAAGACGACGCUCUACGCUUGCCUUCAGAAAUCACAGCAUUCCAAAUAGCAAUGAAAUGGCUGGAUUUUGACACAAAAAGGGAGAAGUACGCGGCUGACCUGCUGGCCAAUAUUCGCUUUGGCACAAUCUCUGCGCAAGAUUUGGUCAGCUUUGUCCAGAGCGCUCCGAGAAUGAUGCAGAACGCGGAAUGCCACAGACUUCUUGUUGAUGCCAUGAAUUACCACCUGCUUCCAUAUCAGCAGAACUCCUUGCAGUCCAGAAGAACAAAAGUACGAGGUGCCCUCCAAGUCUUAGUCACCGUCGGUGGGCGUCCGGCAUUGACAGAAAAGUCACUCAGUAGAGAUGUUGUGUUCAGGGACCCAGAGAACAACUGGAGCAGACUGACGGAGCUGCCCGCCAAGAGUUUUAAUCAGUGCGUUGCCGUCAUGGAUGGAUUCCUCUACGUGGCGGGAGGUGAAGACCAGAACGAUGCCAGGAACCAGGCCAAGCAUGCCGUCGGUAAUUUCUGCAGAUAUGAUCCGCGUUUCAACACUUGGAUCCACCUGGCAAAUAUGAUCCAGAAGCGCACUCACUUCAGUCUCAGUGCCUUCACUGGCCUGCUUUUUGCAAUAGGAGGCCGUAAUUCAGAUGGCUGCCAGGCUUCUGUUGAAUGCUACGUCCCCUCAUCCAACCAGUGGCAGAUGAAGGCAUCUCUUGAAGUGCCCAGGUGUUGCCAUGCCAGUGCUGUCAUCGAUGGUAAGAUCUUGGUCACUGGAGGCUACAUCAACAACGCAUACUCCCGCUCUGUCUGCUGCUAUGACCCUUCAAGUGAUUCUUGGCAAGAUAAAGCCAGCCUGAGCACCCCGAGAGGAUGGCACUGCGCCGUCAGUCUAGGUGACCGGGUUUACAUCAUGGGGGGCAGCCAGCUUGGGGGCCGUGGAGAAAGGGUCGAUGUUCUGCCCGUCGAGUGCUACAAUCCCCACACCGGCCAGUGGAGCUACUCGGCGCCUUUGCUAAUAGGAGUGAGCACGGCAGGAGCCGCCGUCCUCAAAAGCAAGAUCUACCUGCUGGGUGGCUGGAACGAAAUUGAAAAGAAAUACAAGAAGUGCAUCCAGUGUUACAAUCCCACUAUCAACGAAUGGACAUUGGAAGACGAAUUAUCGGAGGCGACCGUCGGGAUCUCGUGCUGCGUAAUCACAAUGCCGAAUCGCAAGACUCGGGAAUCCAGAGCAAGCUCGGUGUCCUCUGUCCCUGUCAGUAUGUAACUGUGCAGCACGGGUGAAUUUUGUAGUAAGCCACCGUGUGAAUGUUAAGUCAGACAAAACUGACUCCACGGAUGCCAUCCAAUCAUUGCAAUAUUGUCACGGCAAAAAAAAAAAAAUGAGCAAAAUGGAAUCCUCAUCAGGGAAUGUGGAAUGAAAAUGGACAGAUUGAAAUUUAGCCUAAAAGAAUGCGUUUGGCGUUUUCCAUUUUUACGCAGAAUUUAAGUAAGUUAUUAAACAUUCUCGAUUCCCUAAAAUGUAAACAAGACAUAAUGCAUAUUGUCCUCUCUCAUGCCGUAGGCUACUUUAUUGUGAAUGUUUGUGUUCAUUUCUUGAUUGUAGUUAAUAAGGAAAACAAACUGAGCAGAUUCAAUGAAUAUUAAGAAGGACAUUUUCAAAAGGAAAGCUUUGGAACGUCUUAGUAAUGGUAAUAAUUAGAAAAACAGUGCAGAAUGCAUGACGUGUUGUGUUGAAAGGUAAGUUGAAUUGGGAAGCUCAUUGUUUUUGACAUACCGGGUUCAUGACGUCACUCACUCCGAGGCUAUUUUUAUUUCUGUUGCUUGCAGAAAAAGAUAAAAAAGCUUAAACUGCCCAGCGUCACUUGUUGGAAACCAUUUCAAAGCAAAAAACAAAAAAACAUCUCACUUAGUUGCGGUGUUUCUCUCAGAUGUGCCUUUCUAUGCCUGUUUUCCUUUCUUUGUCCUUUUCCUGGCCCUUUCCUUUUUCCAACACUGAUCUCCUUCCUGGCAGAACAGAAAUUAAGCAAAAUAUUGUAUAUUUAGCCAAUGCUUUUAUUUAAAGCAACUUUCUGUAUUAGCUCAAAGGAGAGAGGAUGAAAUUCAAAUGGAGAGACUGGGAGAAUAACGUGGACAAAACACAAAGCCGAGGUCCAAACCCGAAGUAAAUGAAGGAUGUCCUGCUCCUACGUCCUCUCAAUCCAGUUAUAUAGCCAGAGAGAAGGUUCAGGAGUAGUACUGGCAUCAGGGUGGCCCCGCCUCCUGGGGCUCCACCCACAGAGAUCAAUGAAUAGCUGAAUAUUUAAACAGACGGAACAUAAUUAUAGAAUUACAAUUUAAGCCACAAAAACACAAAGCCGAGGUCCAAACCCGAAGUAAAUGAAGGAUGUCCUGCUCCUACGUCCUCUCAAUCCAGUUAUAUAGCCAGAGAGAAGGCUCAGGAGUAGUACUGGUAUCAAGGUGGCCCCGCCUCCUGGGGCUCCACCCACAGAGAUCAAUGAAUAGCUGAAUAUUUAAACAGACGGAACAUAAUUAUAGAAUUACAAUUUAAGCCACAAAAACACAAAGCCGAAGUCCAAACCCGAAGUAAAUGAAGGAUGUCCUGCUCCUACGUCCUCUCAAUCCAGUUAUAUAGCCAGAGAGAAGGCUCAGGAGUAGUACUGGUAUCAAGGUGGCCCCGCCUCCUGGGGCUCCACCCACAGAGAUCAAGGAAUAACUGAGGGCUUUUAAAGGUCUAAUUUAAGAUUGGGAACUCUAAAAACAAAAUGAUAAGAUUAGGCACCUAAGAGGGGACAUUAACAUUAGGGACCCCUGUGCUCCAUCCAUCCAAUCCCACUAACUUUAAGGUCAGGUCUUUGUGGUUGGGGUAGGCCAGUCUGAUAAUUCAUAACCCUUUUGUGGACUUGCGAUCCAGACAACAGGGAUUGUUCUUGUCGUUAAGGUUUAGGGUUAGGGUUAGGGAUUUUAGGGUGAGGGAUUUUAGAAUUCAAGGAUUACGAUAUUCUCGUCGGUUUUUGUUUUCAGUGUAAACUGAGGAAGCUUUUUCAGGGUUUCCCGUUGCCAUAGCAGUUCUCCCACAAUUGCACAGGAUGCGCGCUGCCUGUGACGUCACCAGAGAGAGCUGGUGUAAAGGUCACUCCAAACAUCUCCAUGGUAUCCGAGUUUUAUUAAUCGAACUUGCGCUCCAGUCUUUUGUAGCCUGUUGUUCUUUUUUUUUGAUCUCUUUCUCUUGGUUCUGUCCAUCGGUUUUGUAUUACGUUUCUAGUUUGUUUCAAAAAUAGAACUGACUGUCGGCCUUUUGACUUUUGUGCGUCUCCCAGUCCUCCACAUGUAAAACAUUACUGCCGGCAUAAAAUAGCAUUUAGAAGAAUGAAAUUUCCAAGCAACAGAUAUAAAGAGUUGGUCCUCUCAACAGAAAUACUUGAUUGCUGAGCCCGUAAGUCAAGAAGAAUAUGCUUCCUUUUUAAAAAAAAAAAAA